CUAAAUCCUCGCUAUAGGGGAAUGAUUGUGUGUGAAUGAAACAAUAUCAGCAGAUACGAGCGCGACGUGACAUAAUGAGUGUCGUUUUUGUUCUCGCUGCAAAUUGAAAAAAAAGAAGAGAAAAAAAAGAAAUUUCUCAUUUAUCAUAAAAUAAACAGAAAGUAAGGCGAAUUAUAGUAGUGAAGUUUUGAGAAAAUUGAUUAAAAAUUCAUUCAUCCCUCCACGACUAUAAAUAGACGUGAGUCAUAGUGUCUGUCAAGUUUGGCAAAGGGAAGAAAAAAAAGUUUUUUAUUUCGGCUAAAAACCAAAAAAAAAAGUGAGAGAAACAAAAAAUAGUUCAGUAUAGAUUUUAUAUUCGUGUCAUGUUAAUAUCGAAUGAGGCAAGGUUUUAGUGAAUGGAAUAAUAAUUAAUGGAAAGAAACUCGAUAUUUUUUUUAGCAGCACUAGCUUUGUGACUAAGGAACAAUUUUAUGUGCAAUAAUAAAAAAAAUUUGUGUGUACGCUUGAAGAAUCAGAGAAAGUGUUAAAAAGGAAGACCGCUCUAGGUUAAGUUUAGCCUAGCAUAUAAAAAAAAAUAAAGGAAAAUAAAAAUUUUGUGAGUGUGAAAAGCACAAAAGAAAAAAAAGGAAAUAAAGAAGAAGAAGAAGCUUGUAGCUACAUCCAAAUCUAUAUCAUAAUAAUAAAUAUAUAUGUUGUUGUUGUUUUGUUCUUCAUAUUGUUGUCAUAAGACAAGAAACAAAGAAUAAUACGCGAAUAUAAUAAAUAAUAAAUAUAUAAAUAUACAGCAAGCUCCUCGAGUGUAUAUGAAAGAGUGUUUUCUUUCAAGCGAAAUUUAGAGCACAAUUUGUUUUUCCGUGUGGCCAAAUAAAGUACAUAAAAAGAGAGAGCGUGGCAGAUUAUGAUAAGAAAUCGAUAUAGUGAAUAAGGAAGAAACAACAGAGAACAGCACAUUGUACGUUGUAAAUAAAAUUCAUGAAUAUCAUAUUUGGAGUAUAAUCAUAUAAAAGAAAUAGAGUGUGGGAUGUUUUAUAUACAUAAACAUUUUACCGGAGAGGAAGACGUUAUGUAACCAGGGCCAAAAAAAAAAUGUGCAAACAUAAAUACAGAAAGGUUCAAUGAGUAACUUGCACAGAAAAAUGUUAAAAGGUCAAAAUGUCAAUUGGUUGUAAAUUGUAUCUGGUUCUAGAAAUAUUAACAAUAAUUUUACAAGAUUUUAUAUGUGCAGACAUUAGUUUAUCAUCGUUAGGAAAAAAUAGUUACAACUCAUACACCGACUUACAUCCGAAAUGGGGUCUUGUUAGCAAUGUCACGACACAAAUAGGAACACAUGCUUAUCUUCCUUGCAAGGUAAAGCAAAUAAUUAAUAAAUCUGUAUCAUGGGUUCGCGUCAGAGACGACCAUAUAUUGACUGUAGAUAGAAUGACUUUUAUAGCAGAUGAACGGUUUCAAUCGUUCUAUGUUGAAAACACUGGCCUAUGGACGCUACAAAUUAAAUACGUUCAAGCUCGUGACGCCGGGAUGUACGAGUGUCAAGUGUCUACAGAACCAAAAGUCAGCGCCCGAGUUCAUCUGCAUGUUGUUGUACCAAGGACGGAGUUAAUUGGCGAUCCUGACCGAUAUGUGAAAGCUGGCAGCACAGUGGUUUUGCAUUGCGUGGUACGAGGAGCUUUAGAACCACCAUCAUACAUAAUCUGGUAUCAUGAUGCACAUCAAUUAUUAGGUGAAAAUCAGCAGAAAUGGAAAAUUAAAUUAGAUCGCGGACAGCCCGAUAGCGAUGGUGAUAUUCCAAAUGUUGUUGGAUCGCUCAUAAUACACAAUGUCAACAAACGUGACUCGGGAAAUUAUUCUUGCAGUCCCUCAAACUCCUAUCCACUUCAAAUCACACUAAAUGUCAUCAAUGAUGAGUCUUCAGUAUCAGCAGUGACAUCGUCAGCCACAACAUUUUUAUGUUCAAGUUAUUACUCAUUAGGACUUUUAUUGUCAUCAUUUUUUGUUUUAAUAGUUAAUCAGCAAAAUUUAAUUACCGGAACAGAAAUCAAAUUAAGAAAUGAGAGAAAGAUGACGGCAACGCCUUCAUAG